UGUGGCGCACAACAGUAGGGCUUAGUAACGGGAUUAAGUUUAAACCCGUAUCUAUCUAAUAGACCAGGAGUACUUUUUGCGCUUUGGGCAGCACUUUUCUUCAGUGAGGGGCUCGGUGCAGCAUUGUGGUUGAGAGAAUAACAGCGAGCUGCCGUGAGGGAGAGACUGUGGUCGUGGCUUGAAACACUGGAGCUUUACUUGCGCGGCCACCUUUGUUUAUGUUUGACAAAGCAACACCAAAGGGGAAAGCUUAAUUUCCUUCCUUUCUGCUGCUGCUUCACCACUACUACGUGCAAGACUGACCGCAGUGAAACAGUUGCAAGGUAGAUGCUUUGCUUCCUGUUUCCUCGGCAAAGCGAGUUCUGCAGAGCUAUUAUCUGAUCUCUAACUCUCACGGUGCCAUGUUCUCCUCUCUGACCACUGGUGAAAAGUCGCACGAGAAAUGGCAUCACCGAGGGCUUUACUGGAGUGGUGCCGCGUCACUUGCGCCACUUAUCCCGACGUGGAAAUAACGAACAUGUCAGCCUCAUUCAGAGAUGGACUGGCAUUUUGUGCCAUCAUCCACAAACACCGACCUGAGCUGAUAGAUUUCAGGUCCCUCUCCAAAGAUAAUGCUUAUCAAAAUAACAAGCUGGCGUUUGAGGUGGCAGAAACAAAGCUAGGGAUCCCUGCGUUGCUGGAUCCAAGGGACAUGGUUUCUACCAAGAUGCCUGAUCGUUUAAGUGUCAUCUCCUACCUUGCUCAGUACUACUGCUUCUUCAAUGGGAAAUCUCCAGCAGGUCCAGCCAGAUUGUGGUCAUCGCACGGCGCCGUCUUGCACAGUCUCUCAAAGAGCAAAAUUUACCAGCAUCCGAAACGCAUGAAGAGUUUGACUGACAUCAAAACCAGUCGAGAGGAAAAUGUUUCUGACACCAGGCCGCAGAUGGUGUGUAAUUUGUGUUUGAAGCCUGUGCACCUGAUACAGAGACAUUUGGUGGAUGGAAAUAUUUACCAUCGCAGCUGUUUCAGGUGCAAAGUGUGCCACACCACUCUUUUACCACAGUCUUACACACAGGGAAGUGAUGCUGGAUCCUUGAUGUGCACUUAUCACACAACAGACAAUAAAGGUACUUGUGGGCAAACUGGAUCUCAAAGUAAACUUCAGGCAGUUUAUUAUUCUCUGGGAGGACUGCCUAUCACCAGCGUUCCUCAUUACACUAAGAAAACAGAGGCAGAGGACAGACCGGUUUGUAAGACAGCAGAAACGGGCGGGAUAAAAAGCCAGGAGGAGAAGAGAGAGGACAAAAACAGAGAAAAUGGGGAAUCAUCUGUUGCGCCUGCAGAACUCCCUUCAUCCAGACCUACUUGUCCUGUUCCAGCACCAAGACAGAUUUCACACUCCUCUGUAGGCCCUGUUCCUACAACCAGGAUCAAAACUUCACAGGUUAUAAAUAGCUCUCCUGCUGCAGGUAGUUUAUCCAGUCAAAGCAAAUGUCCGCCCAGUCCGACUCCUGUCCCAACCAGCACCAGCUCUAAGAUGAAAGCUAGCCAUCCAUGGAUGGCCCUCGUGCAUUCGGGACCCUGGACACAACUGCCUCCAGCUCCACCUCCAGUUCCCAAUUGUCGAUCCAAAACUGUCUCUAACUUGCAGGGGUCAUGCAACAGACCCAAAGGUCCUCCUCUAAAUCCAUUUGAAGAGGACCAAGAGGAGGAUUAUGAGAGAGAGGCUGCUGAACCCGAGUCUAAAGACCUAAAUAAGCCUUUAGUGGCAGCUGUCCAUUUGGAGAACAGUUCCAUUGAAUCUGAGGAGAAUAAAGAAAAAACAGAUCUCCCACAGAAGAGUCCAGAUCUCAAAGAAGCUGCAGGUGGUGAAGUUGCAGAACCAGACCCAGUAGAGGGAGUGACUGCAGAUACUAAUGCAGAGGGACCUUCUAGUGAAGGAUCUGGAGACGGUGAUCAGAUUGUUUCAUCAGAUCUGACAGGAGCAGCAGGAGCAGCAGGGCCGUCUCCCACUGCAGCUUCGAGACAGAGUCGCAUUUUACCCAGGAGUGUGUCUGUGCCAGCCAUCGCAUCUGACUACUCUGACACUUUCUGUGUGCCUGUCAGUCAGACAGAGGCGGAUGAAGCUUUCACAUCAUGUCAAAGUCAGCCUUCCAGCAGAGAAGAUCCUUUGGAUCAAAACCCCACAAUAUCCAAAUCAAAGACCUUUCAGGACCUCUCAUCCUGUCGGGGCUCCGCCCCUGGCCAUGGUUUCCCACUCAUCAAGAGAAAGGUGCAGACAGAUCAGUGUGCUUCCACAGAAGAGCUGCAGGUGCAGAUGAGACAAGUGGAUCAACAUCUGGAGGCACUGGAAGAAAAAGGAGUCCAGCUGGAGAGGAAUCUGAGAGCCUGCAAGCAUGAUAAAGAGGAGGAACAAAUGCUAAUGGAGUGGUUCUCUCUUAUCCACGAGCGGCAUGUUCUGAAGUGCCACGAUACAGAGCUGGUUUAUCUGACAAAACAGAAAAAAUUGGAAGACAGGCAGGCAGACGUGGAAUACGACCUCCGAUGUCUCUUUAAUAAACCUGAGAAGAACUGGAGCCAGGAGGAUCGAGAUAAAGAGAAGAAUCUCAUGGAUGAGCUGGUCACCAUCAUUGAACGGAGGAACCAGAUCAUCAGCAGCCUGGAUCAGGAUAGGCAGAGGGAAAGAGAAAACAAUGUGCUUUGGGAAGACAUAAUGAAGAACAAAGACUUCCAGAAAGAAGGAUUGAAAGAGCCAAGGAAGCCAAAAAGAGAUUUCAAGCCCACGAAAGUACUUAAAAUGCUGAACCAUAAAGAAGAGAGCACGAAGGACUCGGUGGACAAAAAGAGCUGAAGAACUGUCAGAAGCAAACUGCUCUCUUCAUAUUAUGAAAUACGCACUUAUUGAUUGCAUGUUUACUGAUUUUGUGUUAAAGCCCAGCUCAGUAAAACUAACAAAACAAACUGUGUUGUUCUCAGUCAGUACUAUGUAUACAUUAGUAUGAAUGUCCUUUUUUUUUGCUUCAGUUCUUAUUUACUGGCCAUAAAAGUAGUAUCUUUUUUUUAAAAUUAUUAUUAUAUUACACGUUUGUUUAAGUAUUCAAUA